AUGAAGUUGGUCAGAUUCCUAAUGAAACUCAGCCACGAAACGGUAACCAUUGAACUAAAGAAUGGCACACAAGUGCACGGCACAAUCACCGGUGUGGAUGUAGCGAUGAACACACAUUUAAAGGCGGUGAAGAUGACCAUAAAGAACCGGGACCCGGUCACACUCGAUUCGCUCAGUAUCCGCGGUAACAACAUUCGAUACUACAUUCUGCCGGACAGUUUACCGCUGGAAACGUUGCUUAUCGAUGAUGCGCCUAAGACGCGAGCAAAGAAACGGGAAGCAAAUCGUGGAGGACCGCGCGGUCGUGGCAGAGGUACGCGGGGUGGUCGCGGUGGGCCGAGAGGCGGUCGAGGCGGUGGACGCGGACGCGGAAGACGCUAG